CAGAGGUCUAGUCGACUUGUUCGAGGUGCGAAAUGAGCGUUGCAGAUCGCUCAUAACGUCUGCCGUAUUCGUGUACGUAGAACCGCUCGCUGACGAUCGUAUCGGCCACCGUAUCGAAGAAAGCAGAAGAUAUACGGCCGUCCAUCGGUGUCCCGGUGUGGGAAGUGUUUCAUCAUCGCUGCUACGGCAGAAGGAAAGUGCGUCUCGUCGUGCCAGUUUGUGCGAGCGGCGGAUGACCUGGCGGCGCCAGGGCAGUCGGGCCGGAGGAGCAACGUGGUGGUGCAUACCGUUUCGAGAGCUAUGCAAUUCGCCUCAGCCGUAGCGCAAGUGAGCGGGUGCUUGAGGAAGAGGCAAAGUUGCAUAUAAUUGUGGUGACGUAUCGGCUCGUGUUGUUAUUAGGAACCGCCGACAAAAACCUUCCCUGUCUCGUCCUAUGGGUGGGAGGGUGGGUGACUCGCGGGUGUAGUGAAUAAAUUUGACAUUUAUUUGUUAUUGACCUGCGCGGUGAGCGUGCGGGGGGAAAGAAGGCUGAGGCGGUCGGGGUUGCGGUCCGGAAGGUCGCGGCGGUGCCGCUUUGUACGCCGCAGUUGGAACGGCGAAACGAAAGGCUUCGCGAGUCAACACAGAAGUAGUAGUAUAGUAGCGAUGAACUAACAACAACAGGGCGCUCGGCGAGGUCAGCACACGUGUGCGAAAGAGUGCACACAGCACGGCGAAGAGCGAGCAAGCAAACGCCGCCGUCGUCGUCGCGGAGUGUUGACGGUGACGGAGGACAAAACCAGCAACAACAACGGCAACCAAGGCCUCCUUCACCACCAAGGCUGGCGGAACGUCGUCGUGGUCGUCGUCAUUGCCGCGCGGCAGCUAGAGUAGGCAGUAGUAGUAAUCUGUCUUCGUGGAAAGUGACUACGCGCAGCGAAGAAAAGGCCGCUGGUCCGUGUUUUGGGAUUAGUUUUCGGGUGCGAAACCGGGAGUGCGCGGCGCGAACGCCAAACCAGAGUGUGGUGCCAAAAGCAGUAAACACAGGAAGGUAGAAAAGAAAAACAUCAUUUGCAACGCCUGCGGCGACCCGUUUCCAUAGCAUCCCGCGUGCCUCCUGUGGGUUUGCGUGUCGUCGGCUUCGUCGUGGACGUCGUGGAUCUCGUAGUGGUGUUGUUUGGAUCCGUUGUCAAUCGACGGUGGCGCCGUUUGUUUGUCGCGCAUUUGAAUUUGACACAUCCUCUUCCUUUGCCUAUCGCUAGGUCUAAGCGCGUGUGUGUGUGUGUGUGAAAAAGUGUGACCCGACACCAGCAGUCGCAGCAGCGUUUUGCAUAUCCCCUCACAAUUGACGCGCAGUAACAACUUCGCGGAAAACAUCCCCUCCGCCGCUCGAGCGGGUUGCAGAUUAGGCUAAGACCCCUAGAGCGUAGGCACACACGGUUCGUGCAUCUUUUUCUUCUUCCUCUCCGCCGGUGUGCCAAGUGAAAGUCAACCGCCAUCCCGCACCUUCAACCAGGUGAACCUCCGCGGCACGUAGCGAAAGGUGAUCGAUCCCGAAUCGUGUGCUCGUGAUCGUGAGCGGAAAAGGGAAUGUGUCGUGUGGCUGUGUGGUGCUGUGUCUUGGGAGUGAAUGAAUGAAUGCACCUCUUCUGCACCCGACGAGGAAGUGUCUCAAGGAUUUCUUUAUUCAAUCGACUGACCGGGCGCGAGCGCAACCGGAACUGCAAGGGCCCCGGCGUUUGGCGGUUUUCACUUUACGGCCGGGUGGCAAAGCGCAAUGAGUGCGGGCAGCAGGAGGGACCAUGACGCAAGAAGUGUUGCCUCCGACGCACCAGUUCGAAACGCGGUGCCGACUGUGUUUUUCGGACGAGGACGAACUUAGCUGCAGCCUGUUCCCGGACGCGCAUCAUCCGGCGACCGAUCAGCAGCAUCCGGUCCGGGCUGCCGCCGAGCUGCUAGAGAUGAUUUUGGAGUGUACCUCAAUACAGAUAACCUUGGAGGAGGACUAUCCCGCGAAGGUCUGCGAAAAGUGUGUCGAAACGCUCGACAAGUUUUAUCAGUACCGGAGGCGCUGCCUGCACAACGAUCGGAUACUUCGCGCGGAGCGACGGGCGGCGACAACGACCACAGGCCAUAAGAACAACGACGACGGUAGCAGUGGCACAGCUGUCGAAACAGAAAGUAGUCGCCGACGGUCCCAGCCAUCGUCCCCGUCGCCGUUGCUAGUGCCAACGAUUAGAAUCAAGAGUGAACCCGCUUUCUCGGUGGAACGGUUAGACCACGAUGGAGGAGGUGAAGGGGACGGGGACGAGCGAGGCCAAGAGGUGCGUACCGAUGGUGCGGAAGAUCACAUACACCCGCAGCAGCAGCAGCAGCAGCCAGCGAUCGAAAACGAAACCCAUUCCGAGGGCGGUACGUCGUCGAUACUGCGGAGUAUCCUUUUGCAAACGCGCGAUUCCACGACAAGUCGAUCGUCACCCAACACGGAACCGGAAUCGGCUCGUCAGACACCUCAACCACCACCACAACCACCAACCGCGAAUAUUAGCUCUCCCAUGGCUGGCUCGGCUGAGGAUGGCCGAUCAACGCAUCCACCGGAGGAAGACGUGAAGCCUUCGCUUUUGCAGCAAAUGUUACUCCAGCAAGGAUCCCCCGCCCGUUCCCCUCCUAAGGCAGGGCCCAGCGGUGGGUGUUCCGAGGGCGCCACAAACUCCCCCGCCGGUGGCGGAUCAUCUUCAUCGCUGCUGAAGCGAAUGCUGCUCGAUGGCAGUGGAACCGCAAGUAAUACCUCCGGAGAGCUGGGACCCCCCGAGACGGGGAUGUCCGGCCAUCAGCGGACCAAGCACGAGCCACUGAGUGCCACCGGUACGCCGUCGCCACCGUGUCCGCCCGAGGAUGAAGUGCCUUCAACUGAAACCCCCCUCGCAUCGCAGUUACGAUCGAUUCUUUUGCAGCAUCGAGCCGCGGCAUUGUCAGCGCCCCAGCAGAAGCAGGAUACGUCCGCGGCGGCUGCGGCAGCGGCAGCGGCGGCGGCGGUCUUUGAAAAACCGGAAGUGUCCUACAUACGGAGCCUGUUCCUAAGAAACGAUUCCGAUUCGGACGGCGAACCGCCCCCGACGGAGGAUCAGCGUGAGCUGCUACUGUACACGAUGUUCCAGGAGAUAAGGGCACGGCAGCAAGAGCAACAUCAGCAGCAGCAGCAGCAGCAACAAGCGCCUGCUGACUUCUCCUCGGACUCGGACGAUUCGGACGAUGCGCCGCAAGACUACCGGCUGCCGAGUGUUCGCCGGCGUAGCACGGAAUCGAUGGAUUCGCGGAGCAGCAACAAACGGCGGCGGAUGGAGUAUCCCUGUUUGCUCUGUGGCCGAUCGUUUGCGGGACGGACGAAGCUGGUGAUGCACAUGCGAACACACAUGAUGCCACCCACGUUACCCCCAGCAGGGCCACCACCACCAGCAGGCUCGUUACUUUCUUCGUCGCUGGCAAACGGUGGUCGUAGCUCAGUAGGACACAGCGACCUGGAGGAAACCGGUGCGCCUUCCCCGCUGGUGGCGACAGCGACGAGGGCAGGUUACAACCACAGCCCGGCCACCACCGCCAACAACAAUCCACCACCGGUGGCCGGCGGUGGCGGUGGAAACGAGGACGAAAUCGAUGCGCUCGAGCGGCGAUCGUACGCGUGCUACAUCUGCGGGGCCGACCAGAACAAUCUGCACCAGCUGAAGGAACAUCUGCUGGCGGCACACCAGGACCGGAUACGGUCGCGUGGCCGGACGCGGGAACGGCAGCGGACAGCGAUCGGGUGCGAGAUCUGCCAUCGACAGUUUCGCAGCCAGUUCGCGUACAGCGAGCACAUGCGGACGCACACCGGCGAGCGACCGUUUCCGUGCGAUCAGUGUGAUAAGCGGUUUCCGCGCCGGUUCCAGCUGCUCGGCCAUCUCUUCAACGUCCACAAGCAGUCGUGGGUGGCGGACGAGUCGAAGGCGAAGUUUGCGAAAAAGUAAACUUACCCCAACCCGUGACGCGGCCCAGGAAGGGACAGAACACACGAAUUUUACUACGCCUUAGGGUUUACUCUUUAGUGUUUUAGUGAAUUAGGAGGAAAUGUCAGAGACAUUGGAUUCUCUUUAUCGUUUAUCAUUAUGUUUUGUUCGUAGUAUAAUUGUUGAUAGUUAUACAAAAAGAAAAUAUACUUAUAUAUAUACAUACAAUAUUUUUAACAAAACUUUGUAGAUGCAAUGAAUU